ACCCUUGGGAUGUUGUAGGAAGACUGAUGCCGUGGGGCCGACGGGUUUUGGCGGACCAGUGAAAAGAAGAUGGCGGCGUUGGUGAGGCUACGUCCGGGAUUGCAGAGUGGUUUAUUUCAUUUCCCGGAGGUUGUGAAACCAGUCAGGAUGGUGACAAAUACAGCCGUACUACUUAAACGUACAGCUCCACUUGGGCCAAUGCCCAAUGAGGAUAUUGAUGUAACCGACCUGGAGUCUCUGGAGAAAUACCGCAGCUAUUCAAGGUAUCUGCAGGUGGCAGAGGGAAAAAAGAAGGAACCCACCUGGUGGCGGACUUUUCAACAACACAUACAAAAGCCUACUCCAGAGAAAAUUGAUAUCGGUCUCCCUCAUUUUAGAGGAUCUCGGAAAAAGGAAUUGAAGGAACGUAAACGCAUUCUCAGGGCAAAUCGUAACAACAGUGAUCUUGAGAGAGCAUCACGGCACAGGACAUUAUUGAUUCCACUGGAUGAAGUGAAUGCUGAUUGGGAGAAAAUAAACGGCCCUUAUCAUCUAAGGAACAUUGGCGAACAUUAUGCAGUUUUUAGAGACCUGUUCAAUGGUGCAACCUUCGUUCCACGUGUGAUGCUACGUGUUCACUAUGACUGUCAGGACUAUUCCAUGCCAGUAUAUUUUGGAAACGUAGUCACUCCCACAGAGGCUACAAAUGUUCCCAAGGUAUCAUUUGAGGCAGAAGAGGGUUCCCUAUGGACGUUGCUGUUUACCAAUCCAGAUGGACACCUGAGAGACAAUGAAUCAGAGUACAUCCACUGGCUUGUUGGUAAUAUUCCGGGGAAUGCGGUUUCAGAAGGAGAGGACAUCUGCCACUAUUGCCCUCCUUUUCCUGCUAAAGGCACAGGAUAUCAUCGAUGCAUCUUCAUUCUCUUUAAACAAGAUAAAGCAAUUAAUUUCAAAGAUGACUCCAGGUCAAACCCUUGUUUCAGCCUGAAAAUGCGAACCUUUAAAACAUUUGACUUCUACAAGAAACAUCAGGAUCUGAUGACUCCAGCUGGGAUGACUUUCUUCCAGAGUCGCUGGGAUGAGUCUGUAACGCAUACUUUCCACAACGUUCUCGAUAUGAAGGAGCCAAUAUUUGAAUAUGACUUUCCUCCAGCUUACCAUCCAGCUCAGAGAAAGUACCCACAUGGUAAGCCACUCCGGUACUUGGACCGAUACAGAGACAGCCAAGAGCCCACCUAUGGCAUCUACUGAUCCAUCAGCAGCUUCCCACAGAGGUCCAACAUUUUCCACUACAGCUGUGGAUGACUACCCAAGUCGGCUCCAUCAUGGCAAUUUCACAUGGCCAUCUACAAGAACAAAUACUCUGUUCAUGCAACCAAAAUAAAUAUUUUUAUAGUA